GAACGGCGCACACGUGACAGUUCGGGACGUCAAGGGAGAAGCGCGCGAGCGUGAUAACCUAGAUUCGUAGCACGCCGGUCGCAGGGAAAAUGUCGUGGUUGUUCGGCUACCGUAAUUCACAGCCGCCGCAGGAUUUCUCGCAGUUCGUGCAACCGCCGUCACCAGGAGGCGACGGCGACGGCGGUGCUCCUCCGUCGAAGACGUACAGCAGUUCCAUGGAGGCGUACAGAUUCGACUCGGCCGCCUUAGAACGGGCCGCCUCGGCCGCCAAGGAACUCGAACGAUCCAAACAUGCAAGAGAAGCUUUGGAUCUAUCUAAAAUGCAAGAAACCACGAGACAAGUGGAAUUGCAGACUGAAAUGAAAAAAUAUGAAGCCAGUAUUGAACAACUUAAAUCGGAGCAAAAGCGAGUGGAGGGUGAGGAAAGAAGGAAAACCAUACAAGAGGAGACCAAGCAACAUCAAAUGAGAGCGCAGUAUCAAGAUCAGUUGGCUAGAAAACGUUACGAGGAUCAAUUAAUGCAGCAACAAAAGAUGAACGAUGAGAAUCUGAGAAGACAAGAGGAAUCGGUAGCUAAACAAGAAGCCAUGAGGAAAGCUACGAUAGAGCACGAGAUGGAUUUGAGGCAUAAGAACGAGAUGAGGAAACUAGAAGCGGAAUUAAAGGCCAAAGCAAAGAUCGAUAGAGAAAAUCAAGAUCUUAAUUUGGAACAAAUCAGAUUAAAAGCUUCGGAAAAGAGGAUUACCGUUUUGGAAUCUAUCAAAACAGCCGGUUCAGUAUUAGGUUCGGGAGCCAAGGCCCUGUUGGAGGAUUGGGACAAGAUCCUCGCGGCAGCGGGCGGUCUGUCGCUUGUUGCCUUUGGAAUAUACACUGCCAAGGGUUCGACCAGUGUGGCAUCGCGUUACAUCGAGUCCCGCUUAGGGAAACCGUCGUUGGUGCGUGAGACAUCCAGAUUUACGUUCCUCGAUACCAUCCAACAUCCGAUUCAAGCGGUAAAGAAGCUGAAGACCAAGCAAACCGACGCGCUGUCCGGCGUGAUUCUCGCGCCGAAGCUCGAGGAGAGGCUGCGCGACAUCGCGAUAGCCACGAAGAAUACCAAACACAACCGCGGCAUGUACAGGAACAUACUGAUGCACGGUCCGCCAGGAACUGGCAAGACUAUGUUCACGAAAAAGCUGGCGGAACACUCCGGUAUGGAUUACGCGAUCGUGACAGGGGGCGAUCUGGCGCCGUUGGGUAGAGACGGCGUGACUGCCAUUCACAAAGUGUUCGACUGGGCGCUGACGUCCCGAAAGGGACUGCUGCUGUUCAUCGACGAGGCGGACGCGUUUCUAAGAAAGCGCUCCAGCGAGCAUAUCUCGGAGGAUCUCCGGGCGAUGCUGAACGCAUUUCUGUACAGGACCGGCGAGCAAAGUAAUAAGUUCAUGCUGGUGCUCGCGUCGAACACGCCCGAGCAGUUCGACUGGGCGGUGAACGAUCGGCUGGAUGAGAUGGUGGAGUUCCGUCUUCCGGGUCGCGAAGAACGCGAGCGUCUAGUCCGCCUGUACUUCGACAAGUUCGUCCUGCAACCGGCGAUCGCGGGUAACAAGAGACUGAAGGUCGCACAAUUUGACUACAGCUCGCUGUGCACCAAGAUGGCCGAUCUGACGGAAGGAAUGUCUGGCCGAGAGCUGGCAAAACUCGGGGUCACCUGGCAGGCAGCGGCCUAUGCCUCGGACGACGGUGUGUUGACGGAAAAGAUGGUCAUGGACAGGUGUCUCGAAGCCAUUAAGCAGCACAAACAGAAGGUACAAUGGCAAAGCGAACAAGAGAAGCAGGAAUCGAAGUCGAUAUACGCCACGGAGGACGACGCGGUUGUCCGUUCGACGACUUCGAAACCUCCAGCGAUAGAAUAUCCGGGAACAAUAGCCUCAGUUUAGAUCAUUGCAAUUGUCGAUGAUCUUUGAAAGAUAGGGCUAAUAGUGAGAUCAAUAAAAUAUGGAAGGGGUAAAAGUACAAAUGCCGCCCGGAAAAGGAUUAUUCUGGCGAUUUUUGUAUGUAAAAUGCAGGUAAAUUUAUUGGAACUCUCGAUUGAUCGCAAAUUGAUCACUUGUUACAAAUGUACAUUUACAUAGGACAAUUAAAUCGUAAUUCUAUAAUG